GUGGGAGGAGCGUUUUGCAGUUUCAGCCGCCAUGGGCAGACUCGCCGGCGAUGUGGCGGUUGUUUGUCGCAGCCAUGUGCGCGCUGAGUGCAGAUGCGUUGACAACCAACUCAUCUACGGCGACCUCAACCACCUCCAGCACCACCUUUGUCACCAACACUUCUUCUUCGACCUUCACGUCAACCAGCAGCAGCAGCAGUAGCAGCCGUACCUGGACGACUUCCACAUCCAUCACUACUACAACGAGUUCAACCUUCACAACCACUUCUGGCAACUUCACAUCAGGGACGGAGACCACUACCACUGGCACCAACACGAGCCAAACGACCACUUCAACAACGUCCAUGUCCAAUACAACAACGGGCACUUCCACAACCACCAUGACAACCACUACCAAUUCAACCACGACUACAUCCACAACAAGCACGGAGAUCUUCCUCCUGACCAUUGAGGCGGCAGUGCUUUCCCCUUCGGAGCUGGUAGUUGUAUUCAACUACCCAGCCAGGAUAGCGGAGCCUGAGAACACUACCUGGAGCUGUCCUGAUCUCUGGGAAGAGGAGACGGCUGAAAGUUUUGGCAUCGGAGCAACCUGCUUGCCUUCAGACGAUAAACUGCUUCUGCAGGUGACCUUGGGCCAGUGGCCGCGGGUGCAAGUGGGCCACCUGGCUGUCAUGAAGUUCGGCGUUCUGCUGCCGGACGUGAUCGUCUUCGAGCCCACGGAGCUCUCUGCGGUGAUCACAACCACCACGCCUCAGGUGCCUUUACGCGGCGAUCUUGCAGCCCCGGAUGCGGUGCAGCCGUGCUCGACGGUUCGGUUCUCUCUGGGGGCAUCCACGGGCUUCGCCGGGAGAACGCCCGUGAUCGAGUGGCAGUUGGGGAAUGGCACGGAUCCCGCGCUGGCAGCGAUCCUGCAACCCACGUUGGACGAAGCCACUAGCCAGGUGAAGCAAGUGCUCGAGAUCCCGCCGGACAUCUUCUACGAAGCAGUCUCGGCGAGCACACCACAGGAUGAUGUCAGCAACGAAACGGAGAAGGAAGUGGACCUUGACGUCGUAGUGGUGAGCACUAUCAGCAAUUGGCUUGGACAGUCCGAGGAGCUGAGUGCAGUGGUCAAUGUGCUGAAUGUGGAUACACAGCUUCCGCAGAUAAUGCCAGCCACGCGGAAAGAAGUUGAUGUCUUCAGCUAUGAAGAGCUGGAGAUUGCAGUGGAUUUUGCGCCAGCCGUCAGCAUAUCUCGCUGCAUCGUAAAUGCCACAGACGAUCCAAGCGGAGAGAUCGACAUCCAAUGGGAGUACAGAAGGAUAGACGACCGCGCCUGCGAUGCACCUGAUGUGAUAGAAAACAUCUCCGACACCAACGGAUCCAACAGCUCCAACGACUCGAAUGAGACCAACGAGACCUGGGACAACAGCUCCAACAGUUCCAACAGCUCCAAUGCCUCUUGGCUCGUGCCGGUGUCCCCGUGCCUGGCGCAGCUGUGGCGAGGCUUCAACCGGACGGGGCUGGUGGACAAAAGCCCGCGCCCAGGGAAGCUGCACUUUGGAGCCUUCAGCUUCCAGCCGGAGACGCGGCACCAGUUCCGGGCCAGCGCCGGGCUGCAGGGCUAUGUCGGCGAAAAGCCCACGGUCGUUUUCACCGUCAACGUUUUGCCUCGGACAAGGCCUACGGCGGUGAUUUCUGGUCCAACUCGAGUGUCUGCAGUCUGUGGGUUCAACCUCAGCGCUGCUGAUUCAUACGAUGCCUCAGCUCGUGUGCAACCUUCAACGGAGCUGGAGUAUUUCUGGUCCUGUGUGGAGGGUGACUUCUUUGAGAACGCCACUGACAUGGGCAUGUCGUGCGACAACAUGACCGAAGAUUGGAGCGACUCCCCAGAGCUUCACUUGGAAUCCGGUUUCCUGGCUGAGGGCAGCCACACGUUCACGCUUCAGGUGCGCCGGCGAGGUGAGGAGGCUGUCAGCGAAGCGAUGCACGUAGUCCAUGUGAGUAGCCACCCUCAGCCUUUGGUAGUGCUGAAGGUGCCAUGGACCUUUGGUGGGCCUGUUUCAGUUGCAAGGCAUUCUGGUCUGGUCCGGGCUCUCGUAAGUGACUCUUGUCUGAUUCCAAACUGGAAUUGGCAGUGGGUUCUCACCAGAAACGAUGUCGUGCUGGCAUUGCUGAAUACUUCGGUGUUGGAGCAACCUCUUUCUGCUGGCCAGGAAGUUGUGACUUCUGAGUUUCGAGGCGAUUUGCUGGUGCCAGGCUGGUCCUACGAGUAUGCGCUGGUGGGCCUGUCGAACGACACCGCCAAGCGCUUUGCGCCCGGGUGGUACCUCGCGGCGCUGGAGGCGAUGUCCGGGUCGGCGGUGGCGGCGACCUCCGUGCCCUUCCUGGCAGACGGGGUGCCCAGCGAAGGGAUCCUGGAGCUGGCGCCCAGGUCAGGGCCAGCUCUGGGCCGGUUUUCCAUGCAGACCUAUGGGUGGCACGAUGAGGAAGAGGCCAGUCUCAGCUACUCCUUUGUCCGCUUCCCGGCGGACACGGGAGAUGCGUGGGCGGAUGACACUUGGGUAGCGCCGAAGAUGGACUGGAAGAACUCCUCCAGCGAGAGGUAUUUCCGGAAGCUGGGCGGCUUGACGCUUCAGCACUGGGACUCCAGCAGUGUGCUGGCUGACGUGGUCAUGGCACCUGGCACCUUUUUCAUCGUGGUUCGAGUCCGAGAUCGGUUGGGGGGUGAGGCGAGCGCAGCCGUCCUGGGCCCCGUGGUGGCCUCGGAGGAUGUGGCGCUGCAGGAGGUCGCGGAUGCUUUGGAGGCAAGCUUCACCUCCAGGGAUGCCGAUCGUAUUCUGAACACGGUGGACGCUGUUCUGCUCUCGUCCAGAGGUUCUGCGCUGUUCACAGAGCCUCUGCUGGGUGCCUUGGAGGUCGCCCUGGGCAUCAUGGAGCCCAGCGCGGAUGGCUUGGAGAAGAUGGGGCAGGUGGUGGCGUCCCUGGUGGGUGGCUCUGGCGGCGCCCGGUCCGGCGCGCCUCAGGUGGUGAACAAGUCGCAGCUGUCGCGUGCGGCGGACCUCCUACAGAGCUGCGUGGGCCUUGCGGCGGUGCAACCUGCCGGGCUGAGCGAUGCGGUGGCGGUGUCCGUGUUGGAGGCCCUGUCGGGCGUGAACGACGGGAACCGUCUGGGCGACAACACCACGGGGGAUACGAGUGAAGCCGUGAACUUCACAGGUCGAGUGGAGGCGCUCGCGGAUGUCGUUGCACAGGGCCUCCUCUCCAGGCUGCACCUUGGCGAGUCCCUGAGCCUCAGCGGCGUUUUUGAAGGCAGCGGGCUGUCUUUGCAGGUCUCCUGGAGGAAUCCCUUGACGGUGCCGGCCACAGGCUUUGACUAUGGGGACCUCCUGCUGCCCGCAAGUCUCUUCCAAAAUGAGUUUGGGCGUCGCUUGCAGGACAUGACUUGCACAAGCUUGGUUGCAAAGGCAACUUACUGGCACAGAAGCAACCCGUACACCUGGGCAGACCCCAUGAAGGGCGUCAACCAGUAUGUCUUUGCCAACGGGACAGUAGCAGAUAUGGAGCUCAGCCUCUGUGGGUCUCCGUUCUUCUUCAAUGAGACGGAGCCUGAAAGGGCCAUGCGCGUGAGGACCGUCUGGUUGCCUCCGCAGCCGCCUCCCCCGCCUGGCUUCCGAAUGGAAGUGGCAUGCGCUAGGUGGUCCGUCGCGGACCAAGCCUGGCUCAUGACGGGCGUGGAAGUGGAGCGACCCGUGUACUGGGAUGCAGUGGACGUCACCUGCAUCGCUUACGUUGGAGCUGCAGCGUACACGGCAUUGUACAUCCCCGUAGAGGUUACAACCUCCACGACCACAGAGCAGUGGACGCAUCCCACUUACACGACCUUCGAGGUGCCGCCUUUGCCGCCGGUGUAUAUUGUCUCCUGCAAUGAGUCUUUGCUGCCACCAGACCCUGGCCAGGGCUGGAACUGCACGAAACCUGGAGAGGGCCAGGAGUGCCGAUCUGCUUGCAAAGGCUACCCGGAUAUGAUGACCAGCAUGACCUGCUUGAAAGGCUCCGAUUCCUUGGAGUGGUUCGUGACAAACAUCUGCCCGGAUUUCUUCACCACCACGCUGGAUGUAACUGUGAAGGUGCCUUCGGAGGAUGUUGUCUUGGGUAUGGUGCUUAUCUUUCUGUGGAUCCUGAUGUUCACCUGCAGUGCUGCAAUACUCGCGCUCUUUGCCUACGGCGUAUACAAGUUCGUCAUGUACGAGCGGCCUAAGCCUACCUCGCGGGCGAGAAUUGCGCCCUUGGAGCAGGCGGAGGAGGAUCAGGUGGAUCCGGCCUUCGUGGCCUGGGCACGAAGCUGGGCGGCCAGCCCGGCGGUGUCCUCGGCUGUGCUGGAAGCCAAGGCGGAGAAGAGUCUGGCAUCAGCGUCCCAAGAGUCUUUGACGGAUGCAGCAGCCACAAAAGUAUCUGCCUUCACUGAGACCGUGGUGCUGGAGUACAGCGACGAUUGGAGGGAAGAAGUGGACAAGAUGCUGAAGUCGCGUGAGAUUCCCAGGGAAGGGGAAGGCCGGCUCUACUAUGUGGUGAAUACCGUUCGGGAAAUCCUGCAGACGAAAGAUAUUGAGACGCUGCACCGCGUGAACUUCCCACUGACCAUCAACCUGCAGGAGAGUCCUCCGCGAGUGCUGGAAAAGUCGGAAGCGUUCUAUGCCUGGCAGGUGGAGUGGAUCGCGCUCACGGCGGGCCAGGAACCAGCGCAAAAAGCCGAGGCGGAGAUCAUAGCUGCACCAGAGGAGGAGGAGACUGGUAUGGACCACCUGCUGGAUGAGGGGCAGAAGCAGCACGACGACUUGAUGCAGAAGUGGAAACAGCAUGGCGAUCAGAAGUUGAGAAAGGUGGCUGACCAGCCGGAAGGAGACCAGAUUGCCGAGCUGGAUGAGGUGGGAAACGUCUUUGACCGCGCCAGCUCCGGCGGGCUCGUUCGAUCAAGGCAGACCUAUGGCGGGGCGCUUGCGGACACAGCAGCCCAGGCUUCCAGCUACGUCCCAGAACUGCAACAGUCCUUCUACGAGGCGUCCACUUACGCCGACUGGCAGCAAUCCUCGUACGCGGAGGACACAGGCUGGCUAGAAGUCAGAUCUCCGUCUGGAAGGCUCUAUUACUGGAAUCAGUUCACACAAGAGGAGCGCCUUGGCAGUGCAAAGCCAUGGUGGUCGAUUCGAGGAUGAGUGGUUUUUGGGGCAGGCUUCAAAUAGAAACGUCCUGAGGUGGGAGCCGGGGCUUGAUGACACGCUUCAACCCGAAUAGCCUCAGAUGCUGGACUUGCCAUUCCCUUCCCACCAAACCUACGCACAGAAUGCAGCUGUGGCCAAGCCAAAGAGCUGUCAUCAAGUGAUCUGAGUGUCUCAGGUCACGUUUCAUCAUCUCAAAGAAGGUGUCAAAGACAACCCCGCAGUGCAUGAAUUGUGGAGUCUCCAAGCUCACUUGCGCUUGGCAACCGCCUGCCGCAUGAGCAGCUAGUGAAACUGGCGCGUGCCAGC